CAUUCGCAGCGGCCAGAAGCACUUCCGCCGGGUCAACGGAGCGCAGUCGUAUCCUGACAUAUCGGCAGCGAGUGUCAAGACUACGAACGCAGCGGUUCGCGUGAUUUGUGUGGCGUCGUCCUCGUGGAAUGAAGCGUGGAGGCUGUCAGCCAUUAAUAAAAUUCGAACGCAUCCCGUUUUUAAAGAGGACUGUCAAGAGGAAGUAGUAACCGGCCAUCUUUCCUCUGCCAGGCGGAGCGGAGCGGAACCGCCAGCGGAGCCGCUCUUCACUUAUUAUUGUCUCUUUCUGGCUGAGCAGAGCCGCGGUCUGUCCGAGGCGCUCGCUCGCUCUCUCUGUCAGUCAGUGCUUCCCCACUGCACUGGCCCCAGCGUUCCGACUCGCGCGCGGCACUGACUGCCUGAGACUGACUCCCCGCCCCACUCCACUCCAGUCAAUAUAUACAGAUACACUCUGGCUCCUCGGUUUCGUGUUUUUCAUGUUUCCGACAGGUAUAUCCUCCCCUAAUCCCCCAGCGCCAGCUCAGGAGGCUAGACAGGCAGCUGAUGGUAACGGAACCGGCGGCUUCCCGGCCUCCAAGAAGCGGAGAGUAGCGCUACCCGAGAAGGACGACAGCGGCUCCGUGUCCUCGUCUCCCUCCAAGAACAGCAGCACUUGCUCUCCGUCCGCCUCCGUCCACUCCAGGAAGAAGCUGAGGUUCGAGGAGCCGCUGGACGCCGCGGGACUCGAUGUGAAGAUGGCCGAGGAGUCGUGUGCGAACAGGGCCAAGCAGGUGCUCCUGAGCGGGGCCGGAGCCCUCGGAGCCUCCGGAGCCCUCGGAGCGGCCGCACACCGGGCCAACGGACUGAACAAGACGGCCGGAGCGGCGCCCUUCUGCGGCGGCAAAGCGGGCACGGCCAAGAAACUGGUCAUCAAGAACUUCAGAGAGAAACCGAAGCUACCUGAGAAUUACACAGACGAGACCUGGCAGAAACUGAGGGAGGCAGUUGAGGCUAUACAGAAUAGCACAUCGAUCAAAUACAAUCUGGAGGAGCUCUAUCAGGCGGUGGAAAAUCUCUGCUCCCACAAAAUUUCUGCAAAACUCUAUAAGCAGCUGCGGGCUGUGUGUGAGGAACACAUAAAGGCACAGAUCCACCAGUUUAGGGAGGAGGCGCUGGAUAGCGGACUCUUCCUGAAGAAAAUUGACAGGUGUUGGCAGGAUCACUGCAGGCAAAUGAUCAUGAUUAGGAGUAUCUUUCUAUUUUUGGAUCGCACUUACGUUUUACAGAACACAAUGCUACCCUCAAUUUGGGACAUGGGUUUGGAGCUAUUCCGGUUUUACAUCAUCAGUGACCCGAAGGUCCAGGGACGGACGAUCGAUGGCCUCCUGCUGCUGAUUGAGCAGGAGCGCAGUGGCGAGGCUGUGGACAGGAGUUUGCUGCGCAGCCUGCUGAGCAUGCUCUCCGACUUGCAGAUCUACCAGGAUUCAUUUGAGCAGCGUUUCCUCGAAGAGACCGGCCGUCUAUAUGCAGCUGAAGGCCAGAGGCUGAUGCAGGAGAGGGAGGUUCCAGCAUACCUUCAUCAUGUCAACAAGCGCUUGGAGGAGGAGGCAGACAGAGUGAUCACGUACCUGGACCAGGGCACGCAGAAGCCUCUCAUCGCCACUGUGGAGAAGCAGUUGCUGGGGGAACACUUGACUGCCAUCCUUCAGAAAGGCCUGAAUCACUUGCUUGAUGAGAACAGAAUCCCGGAUCUCUCCCUACUAUACCAGCUGUUCAGUCGUGUCCGAGGGGGAAUCCAGGCACUCCUUCAACACUGGAUAGAGUAUAUCAAGGCUUUUGGAAGCACAAUUGUGAUCAACCCUGAGAAGGACAAAACUAUGGUGCAGGAGCUGCUGGACUUCAAAGACAAGGUGGACCAUAUCAUCGAUGUCUGUUUCCUUAAGAACGAGAAGUUUGUCAACGCUAUGAAGGAAGCCUUUGAAACCUUCAUCAACAAAAGGCCAAACAAGCCGGCUGAGCUCAUUGCUAAAUAUGUGGACUCAAAGCUCAGGGCAGGGAACAAGGAGGCCACAGAUGAGGAGCUGGAGAAGAUGCUGGACAAAAUCAUGAUCAUCUUUAGAUUCAUUUAUGGGAAAGACGUGUUUGAGGCGUUCUACAAGAAAGAUUUGGCAAAGCGGCUGCUCGUGGGAAAGAGUGCCUCCGUGGAUGCCGAGAAGUCCAUGCUGUCCAAGCUGAAGCAUGAAUGUGGCGCUGCCUUUACCAGCAAACUAGAAGGAAUGUUCAAAGAUAUGGAGCUGUCCAAGGACAUCAUGGUGCAGUUCAAACAGCAUAUGCAAUGUCAGAAUAUCCCAGGGAACAUUGAGCUAACAGUAAAUAUCCUCACCAUGGGAUACUGGCCAACCUAUGUGCCUAUGGAAGUUCAUUUGCCUCCAGAGAUGGUGAAACUUCAGGAGAUCUUUAAGACGUUUUAUCUUGGCAAGCACAGCGGACGGAAACUCCAGUGGCAGUCAACACUGGGGCACUGUGUAUUGAAAGCUGAAUUUAAAGAGGGCAAGAAAGAGCUUCAGGUUUCCCUGUUCCAGACACUAGUGCUGCUCAUGUUCAAUGAAGGAGAGGAGUUCACCUUGGAGGAGAUUAAAAUGGCAACAGGAAUAGAGGACAGUGAGUUGCGGCGGACACUGCAGUCCCUGGCCUGCGGGAAGGCCCGUGUCCUUUCCAAAUCACCCAAGAGCAAAGAUGUUGAGGAUGGAGACAAAUUUUCCUGUAAUGAUGACUUCAAGCACAAGUUGUUCAGGAUAAAGAUCAACCAGAUCCAGAUGAAGGAAACGGUGGAGGAGCAGGCCAGCACUACAGAGCGAGUCUUCCAGGACCGGCAGUACCAGAUCGACGCGGCCAUCGUUCGAAUCAUGAAGAUGAGGAAGACGCUGAGUCAUAACCUUCUCGUCUCUGAGGUCUACAAUCAACUCAAAUUCCCUGUGAAGCCUGCUGACUUGAAGAAGCGGAUAGAGUCACUAAUCGACAGGGACUACAUGGAACGUGACAAGGACAGCCCCAAUCAGUACAACUAUGUGGCCUAGAGCGAGGGUGCUCUGUGCAAGAUGACCAGCUUUCAGCUUCCCUGAACACUUGUUCUGCGCUAAACUCCAGCAGAUGGCUCACCGUUCCAACCAGCGGCUGACAGCACAAUGGACGUGCGCCUUCGGACCAGGACUGGGUCGAAAGCCAGGUUUACGGUAGACCCCAUAUGCUCCUUUCAGAGGGCGAUGCCCCUUUUAGCAGUGCUGGUCUGUGGGAACGAAUACCAUAGACAAAAAGAACAAAAUAAAACACACAAACAUCUUGUUUCAGGAAGUGUAUUUAUUUUCAGAUUUGGAUAUGUCAGAUUUGUAUGUGGCGUUCUACUUUUUGUACUUUUUUGUUUCUCUAUAUACACAAUGCAAAAAAUCUAAUACCGCUUUUACCUUGUUUAAAAAAUCUAACAGAAGGUUGUUUCAGUACUAUAGUAAGACACCCAUUUGAGUAUUUGACUGGUUUAAUAGCACGAUUGACUUUUUGUGCAGGAAAGACCUGAAUAACUAGUAAAGUCGGAAAUUCUAAAGGCUUUGCACUGAGUCACAUGGCAAUUCCAUACAUAUUUACAGGAAACCAAUGAUGAGUUCACCAUUCUGCUAAAUUUGUACAUAUGCCAAAACAGGCCAGUGCUUCAUUUGCUGCAGGGAUUUUGUAAGUUGCAAAACACUAAACGUAUCCUUUUUUUUUUAUAUAUAUAUAUUCUCACAACUCAGUUUUCAGAUGAGCUUUGUUUGGGGAGGAGGGAGCACACAAAAGGACCAAGCAAUUGUCCAACUGUGCUAAGUGCAAUCUUUUAUUAGUAUUACUUUUCAGCCCCUGUUGAAAUAAAUUUCACUGACUUGUGUUGAGGUCUAACAAGGAAUGGAAAAAUAUUCUGAACCUUAAUGCUGUCCCUAGUUAAAGAUUAAACAAGAUGUCAGUGCUUUACAUGUUAAUUUUAUCCUUACAAUAUUAUGUGCAGCAUAAAAUUAUUUUCCAUGUAGCAGGGCUGUAACCAACUUGUUUUGCUGUAUAGAUAAAGAAAAUGGAGCAGAGAACCAAAUGUGUGCAUUUAAAAGCAUUUCUACAUUUUCAGUAAUUUGUUGGUCUGUUCUGGGAGUUUUGUUGGUCACCUUAAAGGUGCUUCAAGGUUGCGAGGAGCUGAGGGUACAAGUAAUUCAGUUCAAGAUCCAUGUUGGAUGAAAGCAAAAUGCUCCAUUUUACCAUAAUACUUCAUCCUUAUAGUAUAUAGUACUGUAUAGUAUUUGGGGGUGCAGGUGAGAAUUUGCCAUAUUUGUCGUACUUAUGGCAGAUUUAUUCAGAGCUAUUUUUUACCCAAUGUCCUGUGGAUGGUGGUCCACACAAUCUUGUUUCUGAAACAAAGAAGUGCCAAGUGUCUUUUUUUUUAAUUCCAUCCAUUUAACAGGACAGAGAUCAAGGGCCGCUGGUCCGCACGGACACUAACAUGAGAAUGAGAGGCUGUUGUGUUGUCUGUGGAAAAAUAAAAGCAGUUU